UACAUUCUCUCACUAGUCUCUCAUCUUCUUCCGCUUCAACCACCCAGCUUCUCUCUCUUCCACUGAACUUUGUUUGUCUUAGAGAAGACGAAACCCACACUCAACACUCAACACACACACUCACUUUCUUUCUGCUAGAAUAAUAUCCUAAAGCGUCAAAGUGAACAAAGAAAGAAAAGAGAACCAAAUGUUCUUCGCUUUUGUUCCAAUGUCCAUUAACUCGGGCGAGUGAACUCAAUGGCAUCGUCCUCACGAGCAAGGAGCAGCUCGCCAUUCUCGCACCGCAAACUCUCAAACACUCCUUAUUACUCCCCUGCCUCUUCCACUUCUUCUUCCUUCAUGAACGGUAAGUUGAUGCCUCGCUCGUGCUCUUCUUCUGCCUCCUCGUUCUUCAACUCCGGAGCCGGACUCGGUGGCCGAUCUGCCACUCCGAGUCACGGUUUCAGCGAGUCAAACUACUACGACGCGAUGUGUCCUUCGCCGGUGGAGUUCGGAAUGGAGGACGAGGCGAUCGCGGAGCCUCUGGAUUCGUCGACCUCUCGGGACAGCAUUUCGGUGACGAUUCGGUUCAGACCGUUGAGUGAAAGAGAGUACCAGAGAGGGGAUGAGAUCGCGUGGUAUGCGGAUGGUGAUAAGAUCGUGAGGAAUGAGUAUCAUCCAGCUACUGCUUAUGCAUUCGAUAGAGUGUUUGGACCGCACACAAGUACUGAUGAGGUGUAUGAAGUAGCAGCCAAACCUGUGGUGAGGGCUGCCAUGGAAGGCGUCAACGGAACCGUGUUUGCCUACGGUGUGACAAGUAGUGGCAAGACACAUACUAUGCAUGGAGACCAAGAUUUUCCUGGUAUUAUACCAUUGGCUAUAAAAGACGUUUUCAGCAUAAUACAAGAUACUCCAGGAAGAGAGUUUUUACUCCGAGUUUCAUAUCUGGAAAUAUACAAUGAGGUGAUAAAUGACUUGCUUGACCCAACUGGCCAAAAUUUGCGUGUUAGAGAAGAUGCACAGGGUACUUAUGUGGAGGGUAUAAAGGAAGAAGUUGUUUUAUCGCCAGGACAUGCCCUUUCUUUUAUUGCUGCUGGAGAAGAGCAUCGUCAUGUUGGGUCAAACAAUUUUAAUCUGUUCAGCAGCCGAAGUCAUACGAUUUUUACGCUUAUGAUUGAAAGCAGUGCCCAUGGUGAUGAAUAUGAUGGAGUGAUCUUCUCUCAGCUUAACUUGAUUGAUCUUGCUGGAUCAGAGAGCUCAAAAACUGAAACGACUGGACUAAGAAGAAAAGAAGGAUCUUACAUAAACAAAAGUCUUCUGACACUUGGAACUGUUAUAGGAAAAUUAAGUGAGGGGAAAGCAUCUCAUGUUCCAUAUCGAGACUCAAAGCUUACCCGCCUCCUGCAGUCUUCACUAAGUGGGCAUGGCCAUGUUUCACUUAUAUGCACAGUAACUCCAGCAUCCAGUAACAUGGAGGAAACUCAUAACACCUUGAAGUUUGCCAGCAGGGCGAAGCGUGUAGAAAUAUAUGCCUCACGUAAUAAGAUCAUUGAUGAAAAAUCUCUAAUUAAGAAAUACCAGAGAGAAAUUUCAAUCCUCAAACAAGAACUUGAUCAGCUAAGGAAGGGCAUUCUUGUCGGUGUCAACCCCGAGGAGAUUAUGAGCUUAAAGCAGCAGUUGGAAGAAGGUCAAGUGAAAAUGCAAUCAAGAUUGGAAGAAGAGGAAGAAGCUAAGGUUGCUCUUAUGAGUAGGAUCCAGAGGCUAACCAAGCUUAUUCUGGUUUCAUCAAAAAAUUCUAUUCCUGGUUAUCUAACUGAUGUUCCUAGCCACCAGCGAAGCCUCUCUCUUGGUGAGGAUGAUAAAUUUGAUACCCUUGUUGAUGGAUCUCUUUUGAUUGAAAAUGAGAAUAAAAAAGAGGGUUCCACAAUGUCAUCUGAACUGCCUUACGAUGUUAGACAUAGAAGAUCAUCAAGUAAAUGGAACGAUGAACUCUCCCCAACUAGCAGUAUUAUUACUGAAUCAACACAAGCUGGUGAACUGAUCACCAGAGCAAGGCUCCCAGCGGGAGGGGUGACGAUGUCCGAUCAGGUUGAUCUUCUUGUCGAGCAAGUAAAGUUGCUUGCUGGAGAUAUUGCUUUCAGUACAAGCACUCUGAAGCGCUUGAUGGAGCAAUCUGUAAAUGACCCAGAAAACUCCAAACAACAGAUUGAGAAUUUGGAACAAGAUAUCCAAGAAAAAAAGAAGCAAAUGAAACUUUUAGAACAAAGAAUAAUAGAGAGUGGUGAAUCUUCUGUCGCUAGCUCAUCGCUGGUUGAAAUGCAGCAGCAGACAAUCACAAGAUUAAUGACUCAAUGUAAUGAAAAGGAGUUUGAGCUGGAAAUAAAAUCUGCGGACAACCGUGUCCUUCAAGAACAAUUAAAUGACAAGUGUUCUGAAAUUAGUGAAUUGCAAGAAAAGGUCAAGUUCCUAGAGGAGCAACUUGCAACAUUUAGUAGUGGCACUACAUUGGGGUUUAACGAUCAACAUCCCUUGGAAGAAAACAUUGACGAGUUGAAAAGAAAAAUAAAAUCACAGGAGAUUGAGAAUGAAAACUUGAAGCUGGAGCAAGUGCAUCUGUCAGAAGAGAAUAGUGGGUUGCACGUGCAGAACCAAAAACUCUCAGAAGAGGCUUGUUAUGCCAAAGAACUGGCCUCUGCAGCUGCUGUGGAACUGAAGACUUUGGCAGGGGAAGUGACAAAACUUUCAUUGCAGAAUGCUAAGUUGGAAAAAGAAUUGAUGGCUGCUCGAGAGUUGGCCAACACUCGAAGUGCUUUUGUGCCAACUGCUAAUGGUGUUAAUCGCAAGCACAAUGAUGUAAGGUCUGGAAGGAAGGGAAGAACAUCCAGCAGAGCUAGUCUGGACGAGUUUGGAUCAUGGAGUCUUGAUUUUGAGGAUCUGAAGAUGGAACUGCAGGCUAGGAAACAAAGAGAGGCAGUUCUUGAGGCCGCAUUAGCUGAAAAGGAAUUUGUGGAAGAUGAGUACAGGAAAAGGGUCGAAGAGGCCAAGAACAGAGAAGCUGCCUUAGAGAAUGAUUUAGCAAAUAUGUGGGUGCUUGUUGCUAAGCUAAAAAAAGAAGGCGGUUGUGUCUCAGAAACAAACAUUGAUGAAAAAAAUAGUGCUGGGGAAUCACAUACGAAUGAUGUUAUGAAUAAUGGCAAUGAAACUAAUAUUGUCCUCAUGGAGCAGAAUGGGGAUUUUUCAAAACCAGAAAAUGAAAUUCCUAAUGAAGAACCCUCGGUCGCUCAUCUAAGGUCACGCAUGCAAGAGAUGAAGGAAAAAGAACUCAAACACCUUAGCAACGGAGAUGCCAAUUCCCAUACAUGCAAAGUAUGUUUUGAAUCUUCAACAGCUGCAAUUCUUCUUCCAUGCCGUCAUUUUUGUUUGUGUAAAUCGUGUUCACUAGCUUGUUCCGAGUGUCCGAUAUGCCGCACUAAUAUUGAAGACAGGCUUUUUGCUUUUACAUCCUGACCGUUCUAACAGAGGAUUUUAUCCUAUUGAAUUAUUAUAUCCCCUUUUACAGGUGGAAUUCUUUUCUUAGUUUGCUUGUAUGUAAAUCUGUUUUAAAGGUAUAUUAUCUUUCUUUUACUAUACCCCUUUAAGCUGUAUAAUAAGGUGAAAUGAAGGGGGUGGGGAAAUGUAAAAUGGAAAAAGGAAAGGGUGUCUGUAAACUGUAAACAGCAAUGCUCAAGUACUUGAGCACAAUGUGCGUUGCUGAUUUUUGUUGUAUAUCAUGGAUGCCUAAAUCAAAUUAGACAAGUGAGGUUUUACCUCUCUCCCUUUGCUUUUGAUAUUUUACAUUCAAA